AUGACUGAACCGCCAGAAAUCACGCGCAUGGUUUUUGCACAUUUAAUGAAAUUCGGCAAAGCUGAAGAAGUAGAACAGAAACAGAAUAGUCUUUCAUCCCAUGCGGAAGUAAAAUUCCACUUUCUUCUAUCUGAAGCAGCAGAAUCGUCUUCAAAUAACAAUCUCGAUGCGAAUGGACAAGAUAAGGCUAGACUACCCUCCAUAAUGAAACGACAAGAUCUUCAAGAGAAACGUCAUCUUCUUCGUCCCGAUGAAGACGUUUACGAGGAGAGUUUCGUGCUUGAUUCGCUCUCCCCUAUGAAACCCGAACGACGACCAUCUCACAACCAAGUCGAAGAUGAUUUUGGCGAUCACGAGCACAAAAAACGAAGAAGACGAGGCAGACGCCGGUCUGGUGAGUAUUUUUCUGAUCUAAUUGCUUGA